CAUAUGUCCAAACCAUCAAAGGAGUAGGUUUAGAAGAGCGACGACUUUCAUUUCAAGCUAAUCAGUCAAUAAGUCAACUGAGAUAGCUCUAAUAGAAAGGCUUUGAUUCUCACACUAACUCAAUUACUCAGCAAGUCCACCGAAACAUUUUAGUAAAUUGAGGGGAGAUAGCACCAGGGUAAAAGCAGCUCUUUUAAGAUCCAUUGCAGCCUGGAAUCGAUUACUUCAACAACAGAAUUACCCCGCGCAGCUUUGCGACAGGAAAAAGGAAGAGGGACAAUUCGACGCUAUCACAACAAUCAAAGAUAUGGCAUCGCCUCAAAACAUACCCAUAGUGCUCUACCACUAUGAUCUCUCGCCUUACGCCAAGCGACUCAGAUGGUAUCUAAACCUGCGCAAGAUCCCAUACUCGCAAUGCAUCCAACCUCGUAUCAUGCCGCGUCCAGACUUGUCCCUUCUGGGCGUCUCCUACCGGCGGAUCCCCGUCCUCGCCAUCGGGAAAGACGUCUAUCUGGACACGCGCCUCAUCAUCCAGAAGCUCGAGACGCUGUUCCCGCCCAGCGCCGCACACCCGGGCAUCAGCGGCGUCGCGGCGGGGAGGCCCGAGCACAGUGCGCUGGAGGACCUGAUCUCGCAGCGCACGAUCGAGGGGGACCUCUUCGGGUCCGGCGUGCAAUGUUUCCCAGCGUCCCGGUUCGCCUCGGACGCGGCGCUCCUGCGUGACCGCACCGCGCUGUUCACGAACGCCGACCCGACUAAAGACGACGACGGCGGGGAAAGCGCCGCCACGCCAUCGCCGCUGUCCGCCGAGGUCAUGGACAAGAAGCGACCCGCCGCGGUAGCCGUCGUACGCAGAUGGGUGCGCUGGCUCGAGGAGGGUUUACUUGCCGACGGAAGGGACUGGAUCCUGGACUCGAAUGGGCACGGCGCCGGGCCCUCGCUCGCGGAUCUCGAGGCCAUCUGGGUGUUGAUGUGGGUUUCUGCCGCGCUGCCGUCUGACAUCCUCGAGUCGGCGCCCAAGGUCGCGGCGUGGCUGGAGCGGUUCAAGGGCGCCGUGAAAGCAGCUGCGGAAGAUGGCCCUGCGUUGAAAGGCGAGGAGGCGGCGAAACUACUCCUCGCGUCCUCGUUUGCGGAGCCGGAGGGCGAGGAGGUCCGGCAAGCGGGGCUGGUCAAGGGCCGGCCCGUGAAGAUGUGGCCUACGGACUACGGUUCUGCACAUAAGGAUGCUGGCAGGCUCGUCGCGGCCGAUGAUAAGGAGUUCGUCAUUGAGAGCAAAGGGCAGUUGGGCAGUGUCAGGAUACAUGCGCCGAGAUACGGGUUUACGAUAUCUGCAGACGAGGGAAAUGUGGCGUCUCAGUUGUAGGGUCUCAUAUCUUUAAGCGUGGAUAUAUAGA